AUGAGAGUGAAGAAGCCUACUCUGAAGCGGGUGACCACCCGGAUGAGGGAGGGGAUUAAGAAGAAGGCGGCAGCCCACGUGCGGAAGCAGCGGAAGCUUGCGAAGAAGGAUCCCACGUGGAAGCUGAGAAAGCCUAAGGACCCUGGUAUCCCGGCGCUGUUCCCGUUCAAGGACAAGAUCUUGCAAGAGAUCGAGCAAGGGCGACAAGCGGAGGCGGAGCGGAAAGAGCGUAACCGUCUAUUGAGAGCUCAGGCGCAAGCCGGUGCCGGUGGCGACGCCGAUAUGAUGGAAGUCAGCGAUGAAGAAGAUGAUGGUGCCGGCGGGCUUGCGGCGCUUUUGGAAAGUGCUCAACAGGCGGCGAAGGAGUACGAUGGUGCUAGCGAUGACGAUGACGACGCCGCCAUGGACGUGGAGGUGGUCGAGCAAGAAGUGGAGUUGCCCGACGAGUCACCAGCGCUGGACAAGUCGCGCAAGGCCUACGACAAGAUUUUCAAGGCGGUGGUGGAGGCGGCCGACGUGGUGGUGUACGUGUUGGACGCCCGCGACCCCGAGCUGACGCGGCUGAGAAAAGUGGAGCAGGCGGUGUUGCUGCUGGCGAACAAGGCGCUUUUGUUGGUGUUGAACAAGGCGGACUUGGUUCCGGAAAACAACUUAAACCAGUGGCUCAACGUGUUGCGCCUGCAGUAUCCCACGAUCGCCAUCAAGGCCCUGGGGCUGGGCCCCGUGGCCAAGGAGUACCAGCCGCUGAGGCUUUUGGAAGCGUUGAAAAAGUAUGGUGCUAACCGCAAACGGCUGCUUGUGGUGGGGGUGAUUGGCUACCCUAACGUCGGUAAGUCGCUGGUGAUCAAUGCUCUUACUGGCGCCCACGGCUCGAAAGGCAGAGCCGCCUGUCCCACCGGUAACUUGGCCGGGGUCACCACCAGUUUGCGCGAAGUGAAAGUCGACCAGACGCUCAAAGUGGUCGACCUGCCGGGUAUCGUGUUCCCCGAUAAGCUGCUGGAGCUGAUGACGAACCAGUUGGCGGUGCUUUCGGCGAUCCCCCCCAAGUUGAUCACUGACCCUCAAGGGGCGGUGAAGCUCCUCGUGAAGAAGUUUUCUAAGGACGACGACAUGGCUCGCGGCAUGCGUGAGUACUAUGGCAUCCCCCCGCUCGCGCUGGCGACCAUUGACGACUUUGUUAAAGUGUUUUUGAUCCAGGUGGCGAGACUGAGAGGGCGUCUUAAUAAGUUUGGCGUGCCCAACAUGGACCUGGCGGCGCUCCAGGUGCUCCACGACUGGCGCGACGGGCGGAUCCGCGGUUGGACUCCGGCGCCGGCGAUGGAGCUGGUGCCGGCGAAGGCGAAGGAAGGGCCCAAGACCGUCGAGGAAAAACAAAUCGUCACCGAGUGGGCGGCGGCGUUCGACUUGGACGGGUUGUUAGCAUAG